GGAAGCUCCCGUUCAAUAUUGGGCGUGCAGCUCAGCGUCAACACAGACAAUAAUUACCUUUUAACACAUUGAAUUCUUUAAAACUGGGCUUCACCUUGCGUACAUAUACAGCUCAACAAAUACGGUCCUCGUUUAAGAGAAGAAGAUAUUCAGCAAGUGGGUCCUGCAUGGUUGGCGUACCGGGCAGAGAUGGCGUUGGAGGAAAGGCCGCGGAGCUGCCUGCUGCGCUUUCGCCACAAGCUGGAGGAGGACAUCAAGCCCUCCUACCUGAUGGACCACAUGAUCAGUGAUGGGGUGAUGACUGUGGAUGAGGAGGAGAAGAUCAGGACUCAGCCAACCAGGAAGGAACAGGCUGUAGCCCUGCUGGAGCUGCUGCUGAGGAAGGACAACCGUGCCUAUAUCUCCUUCUACAACGCCCUGGUGAAGGAGGCAUACGAUGAUUUGGCCAAUCUGCUCCACGAUGACCUACCAUACGUGUUACCUGAUGCACACAAGAGCUCCUCUGAUGGCUACACGCCUUAUGUCCAGGCGGUGCUCAGUGAAGGCGGCGUGCCACAGAGGCCUGUGGUGUUUGUCAGCAGACCAGAGCUUGUGAACCGCGUCAGGGAGAAACUCUACCGGCUGCAGAAGGAGCCUGGCUGGGUCACUGUCUUCGGCAUGGCUGGUUCGGGCAAAUCCAUCCUGGCUGCUGAAGCUGUCAGACACCAAGGGCUCAUCGAAGAGUGCUUCCCUGGAGGGAUCCACUGGCUGUCCAUCGGCCAGCUGGACAAACCAGACCUGCUGGUUAAAAUCCAGUCAUUGUGUUUCCGCCUGGAGCAGAGCCUUGAUUCUCAGUCACUCCACCGGCCUCCCAACUCUCUAGAUGAGGCCAAGGAGCGUAUGCGCUUCCUCAUGCUGCGCAGAUAUCCAAGAGCUCUGCUGAUUCUGGAUGACAUCUGGGACAGUACAGUGCUGAAGGCGUUUGAUAUCCACUGUCGGAUACUUUUAACGACCAGAAAUAGAAGCCUCACUGAUUCUGUUAGUGGUGCUAAACACGAGGUGGAGGUGGAGAGCGGUCUGGAUGAAAACAAGGCGCUGGAGAUCCUCGCUCUGUACACUGACACAAAACCCCACGGACUUCCUGAGGAGGCUCGCAGCAUCGUCCAAGAAUGUAAAGGUUCCCCUCUGGUGGUGUCCCUGAUCGGCGCUCUACUCAAAGAGAAACCCAACCGUUGGCGUUACUACCUCGGCCAGCUGCAGCAGAAGCAGUUCAAGCGGAUAAGGAAGUCCUCGUCGUACGACUACGACGCCCUCGACCAAGCCAUGGCUGCCAGCAUUGAAGUCUUACCUGAGGACCAUCAAGAGCUCUACAAGGACUUUACUGUGCUGGAGCAGGACAUCAAAGUCCCUGCAAAGGUGCUGUCUGUUCUGUGGGACUUGGAGCCAGAGGAGGUGGAGGACAUACUCGAGGAGUUUGUCAACAAGUCCCUGCUUUUUGUGGACAGUCACAAUAAACCCUACCUGUACUACCUCCAUGACCUCCAGCUGGACUUCCUGGUUGAGCAGAAUCGCACCCAGCUCGAGAGCCUCCACACUAAAGUGGUGCAUCAAUACCAGCAGCACUACAGAGACGGUCCUCCCAUCUCAGGAGACGAGGAAUGUCUCUACUGGAUCAGAUUCCUGACCUACCACAUGGCCAAAGCCAACCUUUGCCAGGAGCUCUACUCUCUCAUGUUUUCUCUGGACUGGGUCAGCAUCAAGAGCCGGAUAAUGGGACCAGCUCACCUCAUCAAUGACUAUGUGGAGUAUGGACCCAUUCUGGACAACGAGAACAGCGAAGUGCGCAGUCAGUUCCAGGAGUUUCUGUCUCUGAACGGCCACCAGCUGGAGCAGCGACCUUUCCCCGACGUGGUGCAGCUCGCCCUGUCUCAGCCGCACACCUCCGAGGUCUACAGACAGGCUCUGCUGCAGGCGCAGGACCGGGCCAGCAGAGGGAAACUCUACUUCGACUGGCUGAAUAAGAAUAGUGUAGAGAGUCUGUCCAGGCUGGUGAUCCACCCCCACCAGGGCUCCAUCUACUCAGCCUGCUUCUCCCACGAUGGAACCAAGAUCGCCUCCUGUGGUGCCAGCAGGACACUCAAGGUGUUCAAAAGCACCUCAGGUGAGAAGCUCACAGAAAUCCAGGCCCAUGAUGACGAGGUGCUCUGCUGUGCCUUCUCCCCUGACGACCACCUGCUAGCAACAUGCUCUAGCGACAGGAAGGUCAAGGUGUGGAACGUGGAGCAAGCCAUGCUGUUGAGGGUGUUUGAGGAGGAGCACGAAGAGCAGGUCAACCACUGUCAGUUUACCAACACAGCGCGACGCCUCCUGCUGGCCACCUGCUCCAACGACAAGUUCAUGAAUGUCAAGCUGUGGAACCUUAACAAGCCGUCCUCCCAGAACACCAUGUUUGGCCACUUUGAGCCGGUCAACCACUGCUGUUUCUCCCCUGAUGACUCCUACGUGUCCACUUCCUCUAACGACGGUACCGUCAAGCUGUUUGAGGUGUCGUCUGCCAACGAGUGGAAGACGAUCGAUGUGAGAGACGUGUUUGCAGAGGGCGAUGAAGAGGUCCUCGUCAAGUGCAGCACCUGGACGGCUGACUGCAAACGCAUCAUAUGUGCAGCCCGGAACGCUGCUCUGGUGUUUGACGUGGAGACAUCGGGCAUGUUGUUGGAGAUCAGAACGAAUCGUCUGAGCAUGGUGCAAUUCUGUCAAGCCUGUCCCACCAGUAACCUGCUGGCUAUCGCAUUCUCAAACUAUGCUGUGGAGCUAUGGGACUUGGAGGCCAAUAAGAAGAUGGCUGACUGCAGCGGUCACCUGAGUUGGGUCCAGCGUGUCCAGUUCUCUCCUGAUGGAUCACAGCUGCUCUCCUGCUCAGACGACCAGACUGUCAGGCUGUGGGAGACUACGAAGCUGCACACGUCCUCCGCCGUCUGCCUGAAAAGAGACUCCGACGUUCUCUUUAAUGAUGAAGAGAUCAUUGUGUCAGCUGCAGACAACUGCAACAGACUGCAGGUACGUGAUGGCAGGACGGGAUCGGUGCUGUUCCAGUCAGAGGAGAAGUCAUCCAGGAUCCGGUGUACAUCUAUGUGCAGGCAGACCUCUGCUGUGGUCCUGGGCCAGGAAGACGGUACUGUACAGGCAGCAGGGCUGACAGCUAGGCAGGUACUGAUGACAGUUGGCCUCAGGAUCCGACGACUGUUGACCUCCGUCAGGAGGUUGGUGGUGGCUGUAGGGCUAAGCACAGGCAGCGUCCAGGUGUUGGAGGUGCCCUCUGGGAAGCUCUUAGCCACUCUGCUGGGACACACCAAAACGGUGCUGCACUGCAAGUUCAGCCAGAACGGCCAAACGCUGAUCACAUCCUCUGAGGACACCACCAUCCGGGUGUGGAGGUGGCAGUCAGAGGAGUGUCAAGUACUGCAGGGUCACAAGGAACAAGUCAGAAGCUUCUCGCUGCUCUCCAGCUCACCCGCCGACACAAGACUGCUGUCCUGGUCCUUCGAUGGCACUGUCAAGAUGUGGGACACAGAAAGCGGAGAGAAGCUGCAGGACAUCCGGGCUCAUCGGGGAGCCAUUCUGUCCUGCCACGUCUCACCGGACGGAUGCCUGUUUGCCACCACCUCUGCUGACAUGACUGCUAAGCUGUGGCACUCUGAGUCCUGGGAGUGCGUCCACGCACUGAAAGGCCACCAAGACUGUGUCCGAAGCUGCCGAUUCUCCUGGGACAGCCGGCGCCUCGCAACAGGAGACGACAAUGGAGAGAUUCGGCUCUGGAACGUCAAGGACGGCUCUCUGCUGAAGAUUUGCUCCCGCGAGGGUAAAGAUGGCAUGGACUCGCUCCACGGGGGCUGGGUGACCGACCUGCACUUCUCCCCGGAUGACUCUCUUCUACUCUCGACUGGCGGCUACAUCAAGUGGUGGGACGUGGAGAAAGGCGAGGCGCUGCAGACCUUCUACCCGACGGGAACCGCGCUGAAGAGGAUCCACGUCUCGUCCGACUUCUCCACCUUCGUCACCAUCGACAGCAUCGGCAUCCUCUACAUCCUGCAGAGGGUGGCGUGACGACGCUUUGAACGCUGCUCCAAAAACGCAGGGGAAAAAAAAACGGGAAGAAAAACACCAAGAUCCAACCAAACACUACAAACUGUGAACAGAAGCGGACAUGUUUAGUGGCAAUAAGGACUCGUAAGCCUCCUCUAAUCACGCUGUUCUCUCGAAAGUUUACAUUUCCGCUGCGCUCUCUCCACGUUCAGGCUGACACUCGCCAAGCAUUACAGCGGAGCAUUACAGACAUCCACUCUCUGUUCUCCAGGAUCAAACGCUCAGAGAAGAUGCAAAUACGUUUUUUGUAGAUAAAACACACCAGAGUUUCCUUUGAAGCAACAAGGAACGACUCCCAAAAGAAUAAAAAAAAUCAGCGUUUGUGACUAUCAGGUCUUCUGAAGCAGAUCGUCUGAAUCAUUAAUACCUAAUUAAGAGGUUAUUACAAAGAGGUUAAAUAGAUGUGAUCCUCACAUCAGUUCAGAUGUGAAUAAUAAAUCGUAAUCCAUUUUGCAUUAGGGCUGAACAUUUACUGCAUGAGAUGUGAGGGAUUUUCCUCCCCGGCUGUAUGUGAUCGUUACGAGCUCCCGCGUACGUGUCAUGAAGUGCAAUCUACCCGUCGACGCCGUGACGUUUUGUGAACUUUAAUUUUACAAAUAUGUGUCGUAAAAACCUCGUCGUCGCCAAGCUUUUACUUUAUUUACACCUCAGCCUUAGUCUGAGCGGGAUUACUGUCGGCGCCAGUGGGUGUGUGUGUGUGUGUUUAAAGUCUCUCGAUCUAAGUCCACCAGCACUUAUAGAACUUCUGCUGCACUUUGAUGAGCAUUAAACAUUAAUGGGUACAUUAAGUUUUUAACGAUUGAGCAUUUAAUAUUGAAUCCCAGAAACUUUUUUAAAAAGCCUUGCGGGUCUAUUUGUACAUCCGAAAUAUUUGUACUUUUGAACUUAGAUCAAAGGUAAAUGUUUUCUACAAAAAAAAGAAGUUUGAUUUAUAAUUUAUAGUCAGAAUUUCCACUCGCUACUGUUAAAAGGCCGUUUUUGUGCUUUAUUGAUUGCUCAGUUUGUUUUUUUUGUACCGCCUCUUUUUAACUUCACACGUUUUUAUCUGCAUGUUGUCUUGCCUACUGAGCCUUUUUCCUGUUCUGAGCACUUUGAAGCAGGAGUUACAAUCUUUUGGUGAAAGCUUUCGCUAAAGCAGCUCUGUUCAGAUUCAUGAGAAAAUGGAUCCUGACGUUCCCGCGCUAUAAUCUAUCAAACCUAUUGACUACGGCGGGGAUGGUACAGACUCUAGUAAUAAGCCCAGAAAAGGCAAUAAAAUGGAAUCAAAGUGAGGAUGCGUCGCGACGUGUCUGAUCGAUGCUGUUGUCAUCCUCGUGCUGUGCUCUUCGCGAUUUCGGUGCUUUAAAAUUGAAUCAACAGAUUUCCCUCCAGCGCGGAGGUCUCUGUCUAACAGAAAUAUUAAUGUCUGCUCAGGAUGUAUUGACUGUUUUACUGUGUGGUGUAAUGUGAGUGUAAUUUAUAAAAGAUUAAACUACACAUGCUACGGUGA